AUGGACUUCAUCAAGAACAUGGCCGAAGAAGUCAUCGAAAAGAAAUUCGGUGGCGGCGGCUCCUCCUCUUCCCAACAACAGCAACAAUCCUACCAGAGCGAAUCCUACGGUCGUCAGGAGUCCUACGGCAGUGGUGGUGGUUACGGCGGCGAGUCCUACGGUCGUCAGGAAUCCUACGGCGGCGGCUACGGAGGUGGUGAGGGCUACGGCCGUCAAGAAUCCUACGGUCGUCAAGAAGGUGGAUACGGCGGCGGCAGCGGCUAUGGUGGUGGCUACGGCGGUGGUGAGGGCUAUGGACGCCAGGAGGGCGGAUACGGAGGUGGCUAUGGCGGUGGUGAAGGCUAUGGCCGCCAGGAGGGAGGAUAUGGUGGUGGCUACGAGUCCCGUCAGGAAGGUGGAUACUAUGGUGAACAGCAGCAACAGCGUCCUGACCACAGUCGUCGCAAUAUGGCGCUGGGUGUUGGUGCCGGAGUGUUGCUUGGUGGAGCGGCGGUUGUUGGAGGGGAGAUGAUUCAUGAUAAAUGGGAGGAAGAUAAGGAGGAGAUCAAGGAAGAUGUGGAGGACUUCCCCGAGGAUGCGGCUAGAUGGACGGGUGAGAAGGUCGGUGAAGUCGAAGAGAUCCCCGAUCGCAUCGAGCGCAAAUGGGACAACGCCGUCGAUGAUGUCGAGGAAAUCCCUGAGGAUGUGGCCGGAUGGGCCGGCGAGAAGGUCGGAGAUGUGGAGCGGUUCGGUGAUAAUAUGGAGAAUGCGUAUGAUGAGGGCAAGUAUGAGGGUCGUGAGGAUAGUUGGUAG